AGGUGACCGGCUGAGCGGUCUAGGGACGGUCCGCGCAGGCGCAGUGUCCCCGGGCCAAGAUGGCUGCGCGGUGUUCCCCACGCUGGUUGCUAGUGGCGGUGGGGACCCCCCGACUGCCGGCUGCAGCGGGGAGAGGGGCCCAGCAGCCCCAGAGGGGCGUAGGGACAACAUUGACAACAUCGGUGGGUCGCAAGCUGAGCGUCUCUGCCUUCGGGCUUUCCGUGGGCGCUCACGGGCCCCGGGCGCUGCUGACAUUGAGACCGGGUGUCCGCCUCACAGGAACAAAAAGCCUCCCUUUUGCUUGUACUGCCUCCUUCCACACAAGUGCUUCCUUGGCCAAAGAUGAUUAUUAUCAGAUAUUAGGAGUGCCCCGAAAUGCCAGCCAGAAAGAUAUCAAGAAAGCCUAUUAUCAGCUCGCCAAGAAAUACCACCCGGACACAAAUAAGGAUGAUCCCAAAGCCAAGGAGAAGUUUUCCCAGCUGGCAGAAGCGUACGAGGUGUUGAGUGAUGAGGUGAAGAGGAAGCAGUAUGAUGCUUACGGCUCUGCUGGCUUUGAUCCUGGAGCCAGCAGCUCUGGGCAGAGCUACUGGAGAGGAGGUCCCUCUGUUGACCCUGAGGAGCUGUUCAGGAAGAUCUUUGGGGAGUUCUCAUCAUCUCCUUUUGGAGAUUUCCAGACUGUGUUUGAUCAGCCUCAGGAAUACAUCAUGGAGUUGACAUUCAACCAAGCCGCCAAGGGUGUCAACAAGGAGUUCACUGUGAACCUCAUGGACACCUGUGAGCGUUGUGACGGCAAGGGGAACGAGCCUGGAACCAAAGUGCAGCAUUGCCACUACUGCAGCGGCUCCGGCAUGGAAACUGUCAAUACAGGUCCUUUCGUGAUGCGGUCCACAUGUCGGAGAUGUGGUGGCCGGGGCUCCAUCGUCACGAGUCCUUGUGUGGUCUGCAGAGGAACAGGACAAGCCAAGCAGAAGAAGCGAGUGACAAUCCCUGUGCCUGCAGGAGUUGAAGAUGGUCAGACUGUAAGGAUGCCUGUGGGAAAACGAGAAAUUUUUGUCACAUUCAGGGUACAGAAAAGCCCUGUGUUCCGGAGGGACGGCGCAGAUAUCCACUCCGACCUCUUUAUUUCAAUAGCUCAAGCUAUUCUUGGGGGUACAGCCAAAGCCCAGGGCUUAUAUGAGACAAUCAAUGUGACGAUCCCUUCUGGGAUUCAGACCGACCAGAGGAUUCGCUUGUCUGGAAAAGGCAUCCCCCGGAUUAAUAGCUAUGGCUAUGGCGACCACUACAUUCAUAUCAAGAUCAGAGUUCCAAAGAGGCUAACCAGUAGGCAGCAGAACCUGAUCCUGAGCUAUGCCGAGGAUGAGACUGAUGUGGAGGGGACAGUGAAUGGUGUCACCCACACAAGCACUGGUGGCAGAACCAUGGAUAGCUGCGCAGGAAGCAAGGAUAGGCGAGAGGCUGGGGAGGACAAUGAGGGAUUCCUUUCCAAACUUAAGAAAAUGUUUACUUCCUGAUACCCCUGCUGAGGAAAACGAUCAGCUGGAAACUAGAUGAGGAGCAACAGCCCCUCUCCAUGGCCAGAGCAUCUGACACAGGAGGACCCCAAAAUAGCAGCAUGGAGCCCUGCCUACACAGCCCUCUGAACCGUUACUCAGCAACAGCAAAACUAUGUGAGGACACCUCUCUACACAGAAGGUCAUGGUGACCGCCCCUAGGCAGUGAUGUGUGGCCUUUGGGCUGCAGAGAUAUCCUGUCCACUGGUAGGUGACAUGCUUCUGGUUUAGGCAGGGUACAAUACUUGGACUCUUCUUGCAGCACUAAAAAUAAUCUGGAAUCGCAUGUAAUAGAGAGCUUAAAAAAAUUAAAGGCCGUGCUUACAGCUUAAAAUGAAGCCUUAAGCUGCACAGCAUUGUGAAGUGAUUAGUUCCCUCUCAACAAACCUCGUGGAGGUUCUGAAAUGUCCUUCCCAACAGGUAGUCUUCUUAGGCCCCAGAGGCGGCACACCCCACCAGUGCCAUCCUCCCUGACGGGCUCUGCUGAGGGCCUGUCACUGCCCUUAGAGUUGGUUUGCUUUUGUUUUAUUGAAGGUACCAAGCAGCUGGAGAGUGGGCACUGGGGCCCUGGGAGGCAGAGUUGUGCAACACAGUCCUCUAUCCACUUCACCUCAGAUGGCAGCUUGCCUGACGCUGAUUAGAUUGUUCUAGUUUAGUGUGGGGGUGUUUCCUGCCCUGUUGGACCAAAGUUACCAUGGUCAUGUGGGACAGCCUUGAGCCUCUGGAGACCCCGACCUUUGCCAGCCAGGGCUUGGUUCUCCCCUCUUCCACUGCUGACAUUUGAUUUUCACGGUGUAUUUAAAUUACUCAAUGGUAAGAAUCAUUGUCGUCUCCUGUGUAAAUGUUGAGGGAAGCACACUGUGCAGAGCACCUCACUUCCGGCCUCUGCUGGUAGCAUGUUGCAGUUUCCGUGUUCCAAGGUCUUGGAGCUGGUGUAAGACAGGCUAAUAAAGAACACUUUCUCUGUAGUUUCUUUCUUUUCCUUUAUAAUUUACAAAAGUAAAGCAUUUCUUAGUGUCUGAUUUAAGAAUGUAAAGUGAUUCUGUAUCAAUGUAAAUAAGAUGAUCUACUACAAAAGAUAUUUAAAACCAAAA